AUUUAUGGGCAAGUUAGACUUCUCUUCAAAAGUGCUGGUGGUAAAGAAAUUGAAGCUUGUCGUUCCCUAGAAGUCACUCAGAAACAUAAGAAGCUGGAGGUUAAAACACUGGAUGCUACAUAUACUAAAAGACAUCCAGAUGGCAGCAGGGGUGAAAGUAUAUCAAGCAAAUGUGCAGAGUUUGAAGUUACGAUGGCAGAAUUUUUAGCAGUAUCAAAGCCUGUUCUUGAAAAUGUAAUAUUUUGCCAUCAGGAAGACUCCUCUUGGCCUCUUGAUGAAGGAAAGAAAGUAAAGGAUAAAUUUGAUGCAAUUUUCAAUGCUACCAGAUAUAUUAAGUGCCUUGAUAACAUCAAGAAGCUCAGGAAAACCAUGAAGGAAGAAGUGAAAGUGAUGGACCAGUUACUUAGUGGCCUAAAACUGUGGAAAGCGGAGGCAGAUGACAAAAGAAAGUGUCUCAAGGAAAAAGAAGAUUCAUUAGUAAAGUUGCGUGACAAGAAAAAACAACUUCAGGAUGACAUGGUUCCCAUUUGUGAGAGACUGAAUGAAAUUAAGAAAAUUGAAAACAACUUGAAUGAAAUUAAGCUGUCAUAUUUGCAAAAGAAAGGAAAACUGGAGAACCUUAGGACAGCACAAGAGGAACUCCGAGCCGGGCAGAAUGAAGAGUUCACUUGCUCUGAUAUGGAAUUGACACGCAUGAUACAAGAUUUCCAGCGAGAUUUGGAGAAGAAAGAAAGGGAAUUAAGGAGAGUCGAGUCAGAUUCUCAUCAGAUUGCAAGAGACAUAAAAGAGAAUCUUAAGGAAAUAGAGAAGGUGCGAGAGACCAAAACAAACCUUGAGUUUGCCUAUAAGAACCACGUCGCUCAGGUGAAGGAGCGAAACAGGGUGCUGGAAAAUGUGACUAAAGAUUAUGGAUUUUCUGAUUUCUUUGGAAUUCAGCAGUUUGAUGAUGAAAAGGUCAAGAGUUUAUUGGCUCACUUAGAUGGGUAUGUUGCAGACCAGUAUCAAAUAAUUCUUACCAAGAAGAAAGAUUUUGAGAAGCAAGAGAAUGAAAUUCAGUUAGAAAUUGAUGAUUUGAGAAAGAGAGAAGCAGCAUUAGAGCAGGAGAUCUUAACCAAGGAAAAGCAAAGAGAGGAUUCGAAGGUUAAGCAAAGAAGGAUCAAACAGGAGCUUGAACAGAAUGAACUAGAGUAUUCAGCAAGUUCACUUAAUGAAGUUAAACAGCAGUUGGCUCAAGUUGAAGAGGAAAUCAAGAAGCAGGAUGGAAAAUCUGAAUAUCGAAAUGAAGAAAUUGAAGGGAUAAGAAGAUUAAGGAGUGAAGUUGAGCACAAGUUAGAGGACAAGAAACGUAUUGUUAACAAAAUGAAUCGUCAAGCACAAGCUCGUUCUAAACUUGAUAUUCACACGCAAGAGAAGGAAAGUUUAGAAAACAAAGUACAGUUUAUGAAACGAAAACACAAAGAUGAAUUUGAGCAUAUGUUUGGUGAAAUUCCAGAGGAAAAUAUCAAGAAUAAAUUAGAUGCUUAUCUUAAUAGUUCUAGGCAACAAUCAGCAGAACUGCGUGAAGAAAAGGAGAACCUUAACAGAAAGAAAACCAUGCUUGAUACUCGUGUUGAAAAUCAUAAGAAUCUGAUUAAGAAGAAAGAAGAAGAAGUUAGAGGUGUUGAAGAAAAGGUUACGGAAACUUGUCAAGGACAGGAAUUAGAUAAAGCACUAGAAAAAUCAAGGGAUCAAAAAGAUGAGCUGACAAAGGAGCGAGGAAAUUUAUCAAGCUUAAUCCAGGUGCUGAAUAGAUUUAUAGAUAGAUUAAAAGAAGAAGAUUGUUGUCCUCUGUGCCAUCGAGAUUUUGGAACCAAGGAAGAUGUUGAAAUGCUUAUUCAAGAGUUAGAAGACAAGGUUCAAAGGGUUCCCCAGAAGCUGAGUGAAGCAAAGAAAAAGCUUGAAAAAGAGGAAAAAUUGUAUGAGAAGAUGGUAGCCCUUAAGCCUCUCAAAGAUCAAGCAAAUGCAGCUAGAGUCAUGUUAGACAAAAUGAAGGAAGAGAUGGAAGCAGAUCGUAAACAAAUAGAGACUUUAAAAAAUGGCCUUGAAUCAAAUUCAGAGCUUUUACAAAUAACAAGUUGUGAUGAAGAAACUGCAUCAUCAGUCCACAGUGAUGUUGUUAUGAUGGACAACCACCUGAGGAAGAUCAAACAGCUCAAAGAACAGAUUGAGGACUUGAGAGCUUCACUGGGUGGUGGAGAGGGUGAUCUUACCAUGGAAGAGGCAAUGAAACAACAGAGUGAUUUGGAGGAUGAAAUUAAGAAUUACCGGAGACAAGAGAGUGACUUGCAAGAUAGACUCGAAGAACAUAAGAGUGAGCUUGAAGCUCUCAAGGAUCGCAGACUCAGAUUAUCCACUAAAGAAUUGGAGAUGAAAACAAAGCUUCAAGAAACCGAAAGUUUGAAGGAGGAACUGAAGAAACUUGAGAGUGAAAGAGUAACAAUUGAAGAGGAGUUAGAGAAGGCUAAACAAGAUGUUGCUCCCUUCAAGUAUCACAUAGAAAAAAAAAUGGGAGAGAAGAAAAGGAAGACCACUGAGAAAGAGAAGUGCAUUGAUAGUGAGAAUGCAAAAUUGCAAACUGUGCGCCAAGACCAAAAAUUAGCAAAGGAUCUUCAGUCCAGCAUUCAGGAGUACAUUCGUAGUGGUAAGGAAGAACUUCUCAAAGAGAGCAGGCAAAAGUUAACGCAGUUAGAUGAUACUUCAGUUUCACUGGAUGCACGUAAGAAGAUGCUAGAAGAUGACCAGCGUCAGCUUGACAGGGAAUUGAGUAAUCAGAAGGCAAGAAAGCGUAAUCUUGAUGAUGAAAAGAAAAUUCGAGAAAAGGAAGAGGAAGCAAAGAAAUUGGAAGAAGAAAUAAAAAGUAUUAAAUCAUCCAUCAGAGAUAAGGAUGAGACUGGUAUCCGUGAUGAAAAGAAUCAGUUGAAUGUUCAGUAUGAAGAAAUGUACAGUGAGUGUGCCAAAAUAGAUGGAAGUUCCAGAACGAUAACAGAUGAAGUCAAGAAGCUGAAAGAUGAUUUAGCACGGAAGGAGUUUCGGGAUGCUGAAGUUAAUUACAAAAACAAAUAUUUUGAGAAAAAGUGCACUGAUAUUGCAAUUGAUGAUCUUGACAAGUAUUACACUGCUUUAGACAGUGCCAUCAUGCGUUUCCAUUCUGACAAGAUGCAUACAAUAAAUGCAAUCAUCAGGGAUCUGUGGCGAACAACAUAUAAAGGAAAUGAUAUUGACUUUAUAGAAAUCAAGACUGAUGAAAGUGUAUCACAAGGUGCUGAUAAGAGGCGAACUUACAAUUACAGAGUAGUUAUGGUAAAGAAUGGUACAGAAAUGGACAUGCGAGGCCGUUGUUCUGCUGGUCAGAAAGUUUUGGCCUCUUUGAUUAUAAGGAUGGCAUUAGCAGAAACAUUCAGUCUAAACUGUGGUAUAUUAGCUCUAGAUGAACCUACAACCAAUUUAGAUGCCGAAAAUAUUGAGGCUUUGGCAAGUGCUCUUCUCAACAUUGUUGAAAAGCGAAGACAUCAGAAGAACUUCCAGUUAGUAGUAAUUACUCAUGAUAUGGAGUUCCUUCAGAAGCUGGCCAUGCGAGAUUACUUAGAGUAUUAUUACAAAGUGUCUCGAAAUGAAAGAGGUCUUUCAACUAUCAAGAGGAUGUCUGCUGAUACAUUGUAGUGAAGAUAUCAUUUCCAUUUUUUCUGCUUGGUAUCAGUUAAAAACGAAAAUUUGUGUGCAUAUAAAUUUUAUGAGCACCUUUUUUUUUUUUUUUUACAGGGAGUUGAUUUAGAUUAAUAGUAUUUGAUAUUAAGUAAAAUUUUAACAGUUAUAAUCCUAUAUGUAUGAAAGUCUUACAUGAGUAAAUACAUUCCUUUUCAGUUAUGUCAAUAAUGGUGUCAUAAGAAUUUUAUACAUUUGUUUUUUUCCAAAGUAUCUAGUUUCAUUAAAAAUUGCUCAAUAAAUAUUUUUAAUUA